CGGAGUUAUGUCACAGUUGGAGUGACGGACGGGUCAGGCCGGUGAUUUAUUGACCCUCCUGGCCCAGGUCCAACUGAAAACGAUCCGCCGCAGACGGUCGAAGAAUCGCCAACGUCAGAGUAGCAUCUCGCAGUCGUAAACGCGCAAAGCACUCAUGAUUUUGCGAGAGUAUAAAGUGUAUUUUUGGUUUUAUGGCCCAUUAUUUUGUUGCCCCCACCAGAGCUAGAAUUAUCAGCAUAAACUGGGCCCCAUUAGCCUCAAGUUGGACUCAAGUACGGCUGACCGUUGAGGCUGAUCCAGGAAACCCCCAAGUCAUGCUUGGCACGGCCAAAAAGUGUCCACAUGGGCGGGGUGCUGGUGCUUCUGGGUAAAUCCCCAAUUACUCAGCCCCGGUCGGGAUAUAAUCAAAUAGACUAAAAGCGAAGCCGAAAUCGAAAACAAAUCGAAUCCAACUCCCAAACAAUCCCCACACACACACUCGAAAGAGCUUUCGAAAUCUGGUUAAGUCUAGACUGGUGCGUGCGAUCCAUGGGGCUAAAGAUAAUUAAAAGGGAAAUGAAAAUGGAAAUGCAUAAAAGUGAUUACCACACAACAGCACUGGCAACAAAGUGCGAUCGUUAAAUCCAGAAAGACUCGGAAACCGAACUCGAGCGACUGGCAAAAUCAACGGCGACAGCUGAAAUUUAAAUUUUCACGUACGUCAAUGCUUUUCCUACGAAUUGUGUGUUUUGUAUGCGAGCAAACAGAGAGAUAAAUCUGUGAUAAAAAAAACACUCCUAAUCCCAUUCCACCCUUUGAACCGCCGGCCCAACUCCGCUGGCUAGCUGGCUGGCUGGCUGGCAGACUGCUUGCCGAAAUUCGUAUGAAAAAACCUAAGUCAGUCAUCGAAAAUCCGGUUCGGUUUGUCAGCUUUGGGGCUACACUGGGUACACUGUGCGGAAAGCUCGGAGUGCGCCCAGAGAGCACUGGCAAUUGCGCGCAGUGUAGCCGCGGGCAAAGCUCCUUGUAUAAAAGCCAGGCAUACAGGCUAACAUCUCGCAAUCCAAGCUGUGCAGUCGUCGUUCGCACAUCCACUCCGCCACUGAACAGGCCACAUCGCUCCGAAAAGAACUCCUCUACAUCCCUCUGCUCCAAGAUGAAAGCUUCGCUGGCCAUUGCUGUGUGUCUGGUUGCCGUGAGCUUGGUGGCCGCUGCUCCUCAGAAGCAGUACACCAACAAGUUCGACAACGUUAACGUGGACGAGGUGCUGGGCAACGACCGAGUACUGAACAACUACCUCAAAUGCCUGAUGGAGAAGGGUCCCUGCACCCCGGAGGGCCGUGAGCUCAAGCGCCUUCUGCCCGACGCCCUGCAGUCCGAGUGCUCCAAGUGCACGGAAGUGCAGCGACGCAACUCCGAGAAGGUUAUCAACUUCUUGCGCUCCCACCGCGCCGGCGAGUGGAAGCUGCUGCUCGACAAGUACGACUCCAAGGGAAUCUACCGCGCCAAGCACGAUGCAGCUCUGAAGAAGCAGCAUUAACCGGAGCACCUCUCCAACGCGACACGCACUCAUUCGCACACAUGAAUCCUAAUUUAACUCCACAGAGAUCCACAGUAAAAUUAUAGUUUUUUAUACCUAAA